GCACAAACCACUCAAUCAGACUCAACAAAACAGAGAGGGUAGCUGAGCAGCAGAGCAGAAGUGCUUUGUUGAGAUGGCAGUUUACUCUGUUCUCGACGAAGCUUCAGCGUUGGCCUCUCUUCCCGGUGACGUUGACGGUUAUAUUUCCAUUUGCGGUUACGGCUCCCUCCUCUCCGAGAAAAGUGCCCGAUCAACUUUUCCAAACCUAAUUAACUUCCGAACCGCCAGAUUAACCGGUUUCCGCCGUCUCUUCUCCUUUGUAGGACCUAUCUUCUUCACUCAUGGCAUCGCCAACCUUAGAACUCACGAAAUUGCUGCCCUCUCUGUUGAACCUUGCGAAGAUGAAACAAUUAUAAUUAGUGUUUUUGAUAUAAGCAAAACCGAGAUUCCAGCAUUUAUUCAAAGAGAGCGCGAAUAUAGCUUUUUACCUGUUUUUCCUGAAUCACUAGAUGGAAAGCCCUUUACCAAUCCAGCAGUCCUUUGUGCAUCUUACAAUGAUGAAGAAUUCUUUAAGUAUAAAUGCUCUGAAGGAAGGGAAAUAUACUUCCAACAAUAUGGAGAGUAUAAUAUCCAUAAGAUUUGGCGCGAUGACGCAUUACCAUGCCGUGUUUAUCUUCGACACUGUGUCCUAGCCGCAAAAAGCCUCGGCGAUGAGGCUUACAAUAACUUCUUGGACCAUACUUUCAUUGCUGAUCGAAAAACAACAAUACGCCAGUACUUUGAAAAAACGGGCUCAAGCAUCAUGGAAGAAGAGCCUCCUGAAUCAUUAAAAGCACGUUACAGCGGUUGAUCAGAUCUAGUAGUCGACAUACUUCACGCCUAGGCUCUAGCUUAUUGGCGUUUCCAUUUCUGAAUUUGAUUAUCGUCCCUUACUUUUGAUAUUUGAAAUCUAGAUAAUUGCAUUCUAAGAAUCACAAUUAGAAACGUCUCCAAUAUUGAUGUGUAUGGAUAAAAUGCAUCAUUGCAUGGUGCAGCAGCCUAGCACGUAAAGAAAACUAUGUUUAGAUUCAAAAAUUGUGAAUUCUCAUUGUUGGUUGUAAUAAUAUAGUAUUAUGUUUUUGAAGAAGGUCACAUGUGCAGUUUGAGCAUUCAU